AUGAAUACGAGCAAGAGUGAGACAGUGAAAGAGCAUCCAUUAAAACCCUCUAGAAGAUCUAUGCCAUGCCUAGCCCAGAGCCAAACACAUCCUCAGAGUCUGAGCAAGCAUUCGUCAUUUCUGCAGCCAAACCGUGUGCAGCCCCAGCCCCGGCCUCAGCCGUUAAGUGCAGGGACAUCUACAGCUACAGUGGAUGUAGUGUCAGAACGAGCUAAAGUGAUGGAGACUUUGGAAAACAACUUGCUUAAGCUGUCUAAUACAGAAUACAGUGAUCCAUUUUUAGAUGUAGGAAAGGACAAAGACACGUAUACAGAUGAUUCAGAACAUGGAAAUUAUGAUGCUCGUACAGAUCAGUCGUUGCUUAUUCAAAGCAAGCUUACCAGACAGAAAACUGAACCUCGGACUAAAUCGUCUUUAAAGACUGGUGCCAUGGCAUCAUCAGGCCUCUUCUUCAAAGAUGGCAAAAAACGCAUUGAUUACAUCUUAGUUUACAAAAAGUCAAGUCCACAGGUAGAAAAAAGAAGCACAUUUGAGAAGAAUUUGAGAGCAGAAGGGUUGAUGUUAGAACGAGAGCCAGCUGUUACAAACAGUGAUAUCAUGUUUGUUAAAAUUCACUGUCCAUGGGAGACAUUGUGCAAAUACGCAGAAAGAAUGAACAUCAGGAUGCCUUUCAGGAAAAAAUGUUAUUACACUGACUGGAGGAGCAAAACCAUGGGCAGUUUGCAGAGGAAUAUGAGAGAGCUGAAAAGUUGGUUGCCCAGAAAUCCAAUGAAGCUUGAUAAGGAGGCCCUGCCUGAUCUGGAAGAAACAGAUUGCUACACGGCACCCUUUAGCCGUGCACGAAUACACCAUUUUACGAUAAACAACAAAGACAGCUUCUUCAGCAAUUCCACAAGAAGUAGAAUCGUGCAUCACAUGCUACAGAGAACUAAGUACGAAGAUGGAAAAUCCAAAAUGGGUAUUAAUAGAUUACUAAAUAAUGGAACAUAUGAAGCAGCAUUUCCACCACAUGAGGGAAGCCACAAAAGCAGACAUCCCAUCAAAACACACGGAGCUCAGAAUCACAGACACCUCUUAUAUGAGCGUUGGGCACGGUGGGGAAUGUGGUACAAAUACCAACCUCUGGAUUUAAUCAGGCGAUAUUUCGGUGAAAAAAUUGGACUCUAUUUUGCCUGGUUGGGGUGGUAUACUGGAAUGCUU